AUGUCCUUUUAUCUAUCCAUAUCUGUUCCUAUCUAUCUAUCUAUCUAUCUAUCUAUCUAUCUAUUCUUUCCUUCUUCCCUCCCUUUUCUUUCUUUCUUUCUUUCUUUCUUUCUUUCUUUCUUUCUUUCUUUACGUUGUUUUAUCCUCACUUUCAGUUUUGCCUCUCUUCCUUCCUUUCUUUCUUUACUGUUUGUUUUAUCCUCACUUUUAUUCUUGCCCCUCUUCCUUCCUUCAUUCUUUCCUUUCUUUCUUUCCUCUCAUACUUUCUUUCUUUCUUUCUUUCUUUCUUUCUUUCUUUCUUUCUUUCUUUCUUUCUUUCUUUCUUUCUUUCUUUCUUUACGAUCUGUUUUAUCCUCACUUUCAUUCAUCCCUCUCUUUUUUCCUUCUUCAUUCAUUACUUUCUUUCUUUCCUUUCGCUCUUUCUUUCUUUGUUUCUUUCUUUGUUUCUUUCUUUCUUUACUGUGUGUUUUAUCCUCACUUUUAUUCUUGCCCCUCUUCCUUCCUUCAUUCUUUCCUUUCUUUCUUUCUUUCUUUCUUUCUUUCUUUCUUUCUUUCUUUCGUUCUUUCUUUCUUUCUUUCUUUCUUUCCGAUCUGUUUUAUCCUCACUUUCAUUCAUCCCUCUCUUUCUUCCUUUCUUCAUUCAUUACUUUCUUUCUUUCCUUUCGCUCUUUCUUUCUUUGUUUCUUUCUUUGUUUCUUUCUUUGUUUCUUUCUUUGUUUCUUCCUCACUUUGUGUUUUAUCCUCCUCUUAUUCUUUCCCCUCUUCCUUCCUUCAUUCUUUCCUUUCUUUCUUUUCUCUCAUUCUUUUCUUUCUUUCUUUCGUUCUUUUUUUCUUUUUGUUUCUUUCUUUUUUUCUUUCUUUCUUUCUUUUUUCUUUCUUUCUUUCUUUCCGAUCUGUUUUUUAUCCUCACUUUCAUUCAUUCUCUUUCUUCCUUUCUUCAUUCAUUACUUUUCUUUCUUUCCUUUCCUCUUUCUUUCUUUUUGUUUCUUUUCUUUGUUUCUUUCUUUCUUUACUGUGUUUUAUCCUCGCUCUUAUUCUUGCCCCUCUUCCUUCCUUCAUUCUUUCCUUUCUUUCUUUUCUCUCAUUCUUUCUUUCUUUCUUUCGUUCUUUUUUCUUUCUUUCGUUCUUUUUUCUUUCUUUCUUUCUUUCUUUCUUUCUUUCCGAUCUGUUUUAUCCUCACUUUCAUUUAUCCCUCUCUUUCUUCCUUUCUUCAUUCAUUACUUUCUUUCUUUCCUUUCGCUCUUUCUUUCUUUGUUUUCUUUUCGGUCGGUUUUAUCCUAUCUUCCUCCAUUCAAUUCUACGACACAUUCUUUCUACCCCACUUUCCUUUUCUUUCUUUACUUCCUAUUUUUUCCUACUUGCCUCCAUUCCUUCCUUCCUUCCUUUUUUCUUUGCUUUCUCCUUUUCAUUUCCCUUCAUCCCUUUCUUUCCACUAUUUUCUUUCUUCCUUUCUUUCUUUACGAUCUGUUUUAUCCUCACUUUCAUUCUCUCCUCUAUUUCUUCCUUGCUUCAUUCAUUACUUUUUUCUUUCCUUUCCCCCUUUUGUUCUUUCUUUCUUUUUUUACUGUGCGUUUUAUCCUCACUUUUAUUCUGCCUCUCUUUCUUCCUUCAUUCUUUACUUUCUUUCUUUCCUCUCAUUCUUUCUUUCUUUUUUUCUUUCCCUUCUUAUUCUAUCUUCCUCCAUUCUCUCUUUCGACACUUUCUUUCUACUCCUCUUUUCUUUCCUUUCUUUACUUCCUAUUUUAUCUUAUCUUUCCUAUUUGCCUCUCUUCCUUCCUUCCUUCCUUCCUUCCUUCCUUCCUUCCUUCCUUCCAUUUAUUUUAUUUCGAUCUGCUUUUUCUCAGUUUAUAUCUCCCAAGAGAAAUCAACGUUCGUCAGGAAUCGAAACGAAACCUCUCCCAGACCCACCUUCGCCUUCUCUUACAAUGUUGUCGUAUAAUCUUAAUCUGUUCAUAUUCUAUCUAUCUCAUUCUGUUUAAAUCUAUCUCAUUCUGUUUAAAUCUAUCUCAUUCUAUUCAAAUCUAUCUGUCAAUCUCACUCCGUUCAAAUCUAUCUAUCUAUCUAUCUAUCUAUCUAUCUAUCUAUCUAUCUAUCUUCAAAUCUAUCUCAUUCUUCAAUCAAAAUCAAUCAAUCUAUCUAUCUAUCUAUCUAUCUAUCUAUCUAUCUAUCUAUCUAUCUCAUUCUAUCUAUCUAUAUCUCAUUCUUCUGUCAUCUAUUCAUCUAUCUAUCUAUCUAUCUAUCUAUCUAUCUAUCUAUCUAUCUAUCUAUCUAUCUCAUCCAUCUAUUGAUAGUUAUCUCAGAUAUCCGUGUCCAUAUCUAUCUAUCUAUCUAUCUAUCUAUCUAUCUAUCUAUCUAUCUCAUUCUGUUCAAAUCUAUCUAAUUCUGUUUAAAUCUAUCUCAUUCGAUUCAAAUCUCUCUAUCAAUCUCACUCCGUUCAAAUCUAUCUAUCUAUCUAUCUUUAUCUGUCAUAAUAUGUUCAUAUCUAUCUAUCUAUCUAUCUAUCUAUCUAUCUAUCUAUCUAUCUAUCUAUCUCACCCGCAUCUAUCUAUCUAUCUAUCUAUCUAUCUAUCUAUCUAUCUAUCUAUCUAUCUAUCUCUCCCAUUGUGCUUCUAUCUAUCUCACCCGCAUCUAUCUAUCUAUCUAUCUAUCUAUCUAUCUAUCUAUCUAUCUAUCUAUCUCUAUACUUUUCAUAUCUGUCUGUCUCAUCCGUUUUUUUCCUAG